ACUACAAUAGAGAUGAAUAGAAAUGCUAACAGAUAGCUCUCUACGUAUCUUUUAGAGCUCCUUGGGUUUGGCUGGUCAUUCCACAUGCAGAUAAUAUUGAUGAUUUCAUCAAAGUAAUCUCUCAGCUGAAGAAAGAGGUGACGUCACUGAAGACAAAGCUGAUGGAGAGAGACGACAGGUUACAGACACCAGUGAAGAUUGAAGUGAAGAUGGAGGAGAUAAAAGAAGAAAUCACAGCAGAGGAAAAACAGAGAAAUGAAGAUUUUAUUCCUCCAGAUCUGAUGGAAGUGAAAGAGGAAAGUCAAGAGCUGAAUGAAGAGGAGGAGAAACUUCAGUAUCAGAAACAUCAUGAUUUCACAACUGGAGAAGAAUCUUGGAGUUGCUCAAAGACUAAGAAGUAUUUUUCACCAAAAAAGUCUCCAAGAAGAGCAGUCAAAAAUACUUUCACCUGCUCUCUGUGUGGUACGAGAUUCACAAGUAAAAGUCAGCUUAAUAGACACAUGAGAAUUCACACAGGAGAGAGACCUUACACGUGCAAUGAGUGUGGUAAAAGUUUCACAUAUAAACAACAUCUUAAUCUACACACAAGAGUCCAUACAGGAGAAAAGCCUUUCUCAUGCCUUCAGUGUGGAAGGAGUUUCACACAAAAACAUCAUCUUCAUUUACACAUGAGAAUCCACACAGGAGAGAGACCUUACAUGUGCCAUCAGUGUGGAAAGAGUUUUGCAUAUGCAGACAAUCUAAAGAAUCAUCUCCUCUGUCACUCUGGAGAAAGACCAUUUGAAUGUGAUAAAUGUGGUAAAACAUUUAGUGUAGCAGCGUACCUAAAAAAACACCUAAAAGUGCACACAAAUGAAAAGCCUUACAAGUGUUCUUUUUGUGGAAAGAGUUUUGUAAACCUGUCCUAUUUUAAAGAGCACCAGAAAAUACAUACCGGUGUGGGGGAUCAUAUGUGCUUUGAAUGUGGAAAGACCUUUAUUACAGCUAGUGAAUUGAAACAGCACCACAUGAUUCACACUGGAGAGAAGCCUUACAAGUGCUCACACUGUGGAAAGAGUUUCACUCGGUCACAAAACCUGAAAAUACAUGAGAGAAUCCAUACUGGAGAGAAACCUUUCAAGUGCUCACACUGUGGAAAGAGAUUUACUCAGUCAGAAAACCUUAAAACACACGAGAGAAUCCAUACUGGAGAGAAACCUUACAAGUGCUCACACUGUGGAAAGAGUUUCACUCAGUCACAUGACCUGAAAACCCAUGAAAGAAUCCAUACUGGAGAAAAACCGUACAAGUGCUCACACUGUGAAAAGAGUUUCGCUCGGUCACAAAACCUGAAAAUACAUGAGAGAAUCCAUACUGGAGAGAAACCUUACCACUGCUCUUCGUGUGGGAGGAAUUUCAGUGCAGCAAGUCAUGUAGUUAAUCAUAUAAAAAGUUGUUGCCCAAAGUAAUCACAGAGACAAGUCCAUCUUAAGGUACAAUACUUGAAGUAAGUAGUUGAAAAGUAAAAUAAUACCAAGAUGGAAUUUCUUCCAAAAGUGCAGCAUCAUCUAAGAAAAGUAAUUUGUUAAAAUAACCUGUAUUAGUGAAGUUUGGCUGUGCUUAACAUUUUAUUAAUUACCCAUUUCCACCUGGUAUUAAUAAUAAAAGAGGUGUAAAUCACGAACAAAUAUACAUUUCUGCCACGAUCCAAUUCUGAUUUGAUUCAGGGGUCUGUGAUUGAUGUGAAAUGAUAUUAUGUGCCUAUUUUACACAAUCCAUUUUAUAUUAUCUCACAAAUGCAAUGAAACGGCUGCUCAAAAAGUUUUAAGACUACCAUCUGAGCUGGCUGUUUUGAUGCAGUGAUGCGGCGAUGUUUUCUGACAUCAAACAUGAAUGUAUAAACUACUUAGUCCACUUGAGACUUUUCUGUCCUUCAUUACUCUCACCAAUUCCAGCGGAAGGAUGAGAAGUUUUAGAACCAACUGUGCUGGAUGAACUCAAAAUCACAUGCUGCCUUGCAAUGUAAACAACAUGGCAGCAUGCAUACACGGGAAUCACGUUCACAAUUGCAUCUAAUCUAUCUAAAUCGAUCAUUAUGAACAUCUAAAAACUGCAUUAUAUGUUUGAUAAUAUAUAAUAUGUCUUCCAUUAUAUCUGCUGUGAUGUGUAAGGUAACAAUUUUUACUUGCAGUGCACAUUAAAUAACUCCUGCUGAAGGAUUAAUCAGUACAGGAAAAACGUUCAGAGUUUAAAAAUAUACAUCCAUGCAACAUGUAAACAUCAAUGACAUUACUUUGUGGGUUAGUUGAUCAAUACAAUGAUCCAGAUCAGUGGAUUGUUACAUCCCUCAUUAAGAUGUGUUUUGGUGAUCUUUUCACAACUGGUUUGCACCAUUCCUCACCUGUCAAUCAAUCGCUGAGCUAAAAACAAGAGUUUAAGUUUUGCUGGUUUUGUGCGACUUUGGGAAAGAACCGUCCGAUUGGAAAAUUUGAAAAAGCGAAUACAGACACAAGCAUGAGACCUUCAUGGGUCUUUGUGAUAUGGCGUAGGGUGGGGCCGGGUCAUAAUGCUACACACCCGGCCACUAAUCAAGCCUCAGAGAGGGAUAAAGGCCAACUGGAGUCUGGAGUGGGACAGAAAGCGAGAUUUACGGGCAGCUGUCCAACAACUUUGUGUG